CUACGCAAAUUAAAUUCUAAAAUAAAUACAGAAACACAACAAUUAAGUCCACAAGCCAUUCAGAAGCCAUGUUUAUAAACCAAUACAAGAGCUAAAUAAAUGAAAUGACCGAUGAUAUCAUAUACAGAAAAAAGAUUUUCCAGGGUUAUUAAAACUAAUUUUGAUAAUGGAUUCUAAAUUACUGAGCGCUGUUUUAUUCUUAACGAUAUCUUCGACCCUGUGUCAGGAAGGCUGGUAUCCAUGGGAUGCAUCUGGAGCAUUGGGACGCGUCAAUGACGAUAUGGCCUGCGACAGCCCAGUCUGUGUGGAUCCUUGCCCCAAAGCUGCCCCGCCGCGCUACUGCCCGGCAAACAUGACUAGCUGUGCCUCCGGGUGCGUCUGCAUGCUGGAAUGCAGGUCACCCACCUACGUCUGCUUCCAAACCAAGUUCUGCAUGGCCCCCAGGCGAUACCUCACAAGAAACACUAAACAUCCAUAUUAUCAUGCCACCAUUGCUGAGGUUAUGGAACCCUAGUAGAUGUUUUCUUCUUCACAGGUAUCACCUUG